GUAUAUUUUUGGGGUGUGCGUGUGUGUGAGUGAGCGAGAGUGUGCGUGCCGGCGCGCGCGCGCUCUUGCAAUUCCAAAAUUAAUGGCCAUGAGUUCUUUCUUGAUCAACUCCAACUAUGUGGACCCCAAAUUCCCACCAUGCGAAGAAUAUUCCCAGCACGAUUACCUUCCCAGUCAUUCUCCGGAAUAUUUCAGCGGCCAGAGGCGACAGGAGAACUCUUUCCAACACGAGGCGUUGUACCCAGCGCGGUCCGCCUGUAACCAACCAUCCUAUCCUCCAUGUCAGGGCUCCGGGCACCAGCCACCGGUCCUCUCCCCCAGGAGCCAGCAUGCUCCAGCUGGACUUCAGAACCAUCUUUCCGAACCAAACCAUACUUGCGAAUCCAUCACGCCAAGCCCACCGCCUUCCUGUAGCCAAAACUCUCUCAACCAAAGCCCGUCCACUGGCAAAGAGCCGGUAGUUUAUCCUUGGAUGAAGAAGGUUCAUGUUAGCACGGUCAACCCCAGCUACGCCGGAGGGGAGCCCAAGCGCUCCAGGACAGCCUACACGCGGCAGCAAGUGCUGGAGCUGGAGAAGGAAUUCCACUACAACCGCUACCUCACCCGGAGGCGAAGGGUGGAAAUCGCGCACUCGCUUUGCCUGUCCGAGCGCCAGAUCAAGAUAUGGUUUCAAAACCGGCGGAUGAAAUGGAAAAAAGACCACAAGUUACCCAAUACUAAGAUCCGCUCAAACGCUGCUGCCAGCCUGCCGGUGCCUGGCGGGGCAGGAGGCCCCCAGGACCGAAGCAAUGGGCCGGCCCCGAAACCCACCCCCAACCUAUAACCGUCCUUGAGCGCGACCGGAGGGUGCGUGUGUGCGUGCGUGCGUGUGUGUCUCUGUGUGUGUGUGUUGGGGGGCGGGGUGUGCGUGGACGCGUGUGUUGAGAACUGAUUAUGGAACGGAAGAUCGCUUUGUGGCUUUACUGUUCCCUGAGAAGAAAGAUGGGGGCCGUUGGGGAAGGGGAGGGAGGAUGGGUGGGAUCACUAUUUAUAUGAGGAAGAGGAAACAAAGGAAAAGGGGGGGCUGUUCCCAUUGGCCGACAAGCCGGGUUAUGUUUGGGGGUAGUUUCUCUGUUCUAUAGGAGAUAGGGGUUUCCAGAUUUGGCUAAGAUGGAUCCCUUCUUCAUCCUUAAUCAAGCCAAACUUGGGCCCAUUUGUCAUGUUUACUCUCGCGUACAAACGAAGGACCUUAUGCCAGCCAUUAGCUCGACAGCCAGAGUCCUCUUUAAUAAAUGAGGCCUGGUUUCACCUAAGCAGGACUGACUCUCUCUCUCUCUCUCUCUCUCUCUCUCUCUCUCUCUCUCUCUC